CAAGAAUGGGUCCCUCUCCGGCCAGCAGCGGCCUUGGCAUCGAAUCCGGAAGGACCGACUCCCGACCCCGGCCCCCGCAGCCCGGCAGUACCGUCUCCCCCGAAUGUUCAUCACACCAUAUGUUGCAAAAGUCAAAGUGGAACCACGCGCAUCUAUCCCAUACACACCUUUCACAAUGACCCUCACAGUGCUCACCGACAACCAGAUCCGGUCCCUCCUUGAGAACCUGACAGUGGCCGAGCUGGAGGGAUUCCGAGUCGCCCUCGCCUCGGCACUGCACGAGCACUCAACCGGCAUCCAGGGCGAUACGCCCAUCCACCAGCAGCCCGAACGAGUCUCGAUCCACAACACGACAACCGGCGCCACCACCCUAUUCAUGCCUUCGUGCAGUUCUGCCGGGCACGGCAUCAAGGUCAUAACCCUCUCCUCAGCAGCCAACCAAUCCCCCACUCCUGCUCCUCCAACCAUAACCACCACCACCAUCGGCAACAAUAAUGCCAAUGCUAUUACUACUCCUAGUACAAGCACAAGCAAACCCGUAAUUCCCCCCACCGGCGCGAUAACCCUCUUCACACCCCACGGCACCCCACUGGGCCUACUGCACGCCAGAACGCUCACCGCCUUCCGCACGGCCCUGGCCUCGCUCUGCCUCGUGCAGCGCCGCACCGCACCCAUCAAAACCCUCGUCGCCUUCGGCUGUGGCGAGCAGGCGUACUGGCACGUGCGGCUCACGCUGCUUUCUCGGGCCCACGAGGUGCAGAGGGUUGUGUUUGUCAAUCGACGGGUUAGUGAGGGUUUUAGGAAGGUCGUGGAGAGGUUGAAGUCCUGGAGAGAAGAGGGAUGUGAGUUUAUGCCGGUUACGAGGGAUGAGGAGGGGUAUGAGGAGAGGGUUGCUCAGGCGGUCAGGGAGGCCGAUGUCGUGUUUUGCUGCACCCCGUCUACGGAACCGCUGUUUGAUGGCCGCGUGCUGUUGGGGGGUGCGGAGGAAAAGGGGAGGUUGAUUGUGGCCAUUGGGAGUUACACCCCUGAGAUGAGGGAGAUGCCCCGGGAGCUGAUUGAGAGGGCAGUUAGCGGAGAGGGGGGGGAAGGGGAUGCGGGUGUUGUCGUCGUGGAUACCAUUGAUGGGGCCCUUAAGGAGGCCGGGGAGCUAAUUGAGACCAGCGUGAGGCCGGAGCAGUUGGUUGAGCUUGGAGAAAUCGUGAUGUUGAAGAGGGCUGACAAUAACACCGUCAGUACAAAAAAGGGCCAUCUGGCACAGUGGCUUCAAACCGGAAAUGUCAUCUACAAGAGUGUUGGGGUGGGAUUGAUGGACUUGUCCAUUGGCAUGCAUAUUAUACAGUUUGCGAAGGAGAAGGGCGUCGGAACCCAUGUCCAAGGUUUCUGAUCCCUCACUUUGCGCGCUUACAUUUUCAAGAUGUUGUCAAUAAUAAGCAGUCAGCGAUGAUACAUGCUUGUUUCUCUCCUCCAUCUCGGUCUUGUCAUCCUUGGUUCCACGCUAGUUAAUUGUAAGCUAAGGUAUGAUUGUUCUUUGUCUAACACCGGGUUAUCAUCUACUGCUGUAGCAACCGAGUUCUCGCACUUGAAACCCGAGGUCAACGUCCGAAGCUCCCCACCACAUUGAGAUCCACUCACUCACCAAAAUAUCAUUUCACUCGUACUUGCGAGAGCAAAUCGACAUCAG